GCCUGCACACCGCCCGGGGAAUAAUGCAGUAAAGGAAGUGAGCCGGCUCGGCCUGACUGCUCCAACUUCCUGCUCUCACACACACCAGAGGGGGAAAGGAAAAAAAAGAGGAGCGAGAGAAAGAAAAAAAAGGAGGGGGGAUCAGGAUCUCAUUACAAGAGCAACAGACCGUCUGCAGACGCCUGUCAGCAUGGAAAGCCGGGGGCUUUCGCCCGGGUCCUCCUAGAAAUUCCCCCGGAGAAGGAUCUGAGAGCUCCCCCACAUCUGGGUAUGGAGAGUGCAAUCACCCUGUGGCAGUUCCUGUUGCAGCUGCUGCUGGACCAGAAGCACGAGCACCUCAUCUGCUGGACCUCCAACGAUGGUGAGUUCAAACUCCUCAAGGCGGAGGAGGUGGCCAAGCUGUGGGGCCUCAGGAAGAACAAGACAAACAUGAACUACGACAAGCUGAGCAGGGCCCUGCGCUACUACUAUGACAAGAACAUCAUCAAGAAGGUGAUUGGGCAGAAGUUUGUGUACAAGUUCGUCUCUUUCCCCGAGAUCCUGAAAAUGGAUCCUCACACGGUGGAGAUCAGCCGGGAGAGCCUUUUGCUGCAGGACAGCGACUGUAAGGUGGCCCCCGACAAGCACGGCUUGUCCGCCCUCAAGAGCACGAGCCGGAACGAGUACAUCCACUCGGGCCUGUACUCGGCCUUCACCAUCAACUCCCUGCAGAACCCCCCGGAGGCCUUCAAGGCCAUCAAGACGGAGAAGCUGGAGGAGCCCCUCGAAGACAGCCCCCCGGUGGAAGAAGUCCGGACUGUGAUCAGGUUUGUGACCAAUAAAAGCAACAAGCACACCACCAGGCCCGUGGUGUCCCUGCCCUCCACCUCCGAGGCCGCCGCGGCCUCCGCCUUCCUGGCCUCGUCCGUCUCCGCCAAGAUCUCCUCUUUAAUGUUGCCAAACACCGCCAGCGUUUCUUCCGCGUCGCCCUCCUCCUCUCGGUCCCCGUCCCUGUCCCCCAACUCGCCCCUCCCCUCCGAACACAGAAGCCUCUUCCUGGAGGCCAGCGGCCAAGACUCGGAUUCCCUGGAGCCCUUGAACCUGUCAUCGGGCUCCAAGACCAAGUCUCCGUCUCUUCCCCCCAAAGGCAAAAAACCCAAAGGCUUGGAAAUCUCCGCACCCCCGCUGGUGCUCUCAGGCACCGACCUCGGCUCCAUCGCCCUCAACAGCCCAGCGCUCCCCUCGGGGUCCCUCACCCCCGCCUUCUUCACCGCGCAGACACCAAAUGGAUUGCUUCUGACCCCGAGUCCGCUGCUCUCCAGCAUACAUUUCUGGAGCAGCCUUAGUCCAGUCGCUCCAUUGAGUCCUGCCAGGCUGCAAGGGCCAAACACGCUGUUCCAGUUCCCCACACUGCUCAAUGGUCACAUGCCAGUGCCAAUCCCUGGGCUGGACAGAGCUGCUUCUCCAGUACUGCUCUCCUCGAGCUCUCAGAAAUCCUGAUGACGUCUGGCCACCAUGAAGGACUCAUUAACUCUUGGAACAAAUUUGUCCCCAUGGGCUAGUUUACCUGUGUCAUGAGAAGGACAUUGUGAAACCCUCUGUUAAUUUGGUUUGCACUUUUCAUAACAUGGAUAGUUUAGAUUUGUGUUAGCAUUUUUAAAACUUUUUAUAUUCAAGUAUAUAUGAAAAUCUGUUUUGCAUUAAGUGAAUCUUAAUGUUUUGUUUUUAUAUCCUCUUAGUUCUAAGUGUUGAACACUGUUGACAGUGAAGAACUUUUCUUAAUGUUUUCAGUAUAACUAAUAAGGAUGUGAAGCUUUCUUCUUUAAUUCUGCCUAUGCUGAACUAUGCUUGUAUACACACUAUAACCAGCUGUGCCUUCUUUUGCAUUUACUUUUAUGUAAAUGAUUUAUAUAUUUUUUAGUAUUAAGAGAAAUGUUUGAAAGACAAAAAUUAGUAUUGAACAGAUCUCUAGUAGAACUUCAUUAUUUUUCACAAGUAGGCAAAACAUGAAAACGUAUCUUUUCUUUCUUGCUUUCAACUGUAGAAUUGCCUUAGAAUCUCUUUUGAACUGAAAUUCAAUAAAUGUAAUGUCCAUUUUUAUAAAAAUAAACUAAGCCAUAUUUACACAAUAAACCUUCAUAAAUGAAAAUGUUCUAAAGUACAUUUUCAAAAAAUGAACUUUGAAAGGGUAGCCUUUUAACUGUUUAUCCUAUCUAAAAAUUCCCAAGCCUGUACCUUCUAAACCCUGGAAUACUUCGGUUAGCAUAUGUAAAAAAACUCAGCCCUGACUGCCCUAACUUCCAUAGAGAAUCACACUCAGAUACUGAGUCAGUGGGAGUCAAGAGUGUUUCUAAAUCCCUAGAACUUUAAUUAACACUUUAAAAAAUGUAGUGUUUCGGAAGAGGCUCAGAUUGAUGAUAAAGUCCAAUGAAGUAAUUUUGACAUACCAAUAAGCUUUGUAUGUUUUCACAAUUUUUUGAUGCACUGUAUCAAAAUGCACUGUAUCAAAAAUACAGAACUGGAGGUACUGGAUGCUUUUGCCUGUGGAGAUUGAAACAGGAUGCACUGUUUUAUGUAUUACUAAAUUUAUGGUGAGAAUGAAGGAAAUCUGAUAAAAGAAAAAUUCUUAAGGAACCUCAUCAUGAUGGAACUGAACUGAUUAUGUAACAAUUUGGAACAUUCGGCAGUCAAUUCUUUUGUGUAUCGUAGUUUAGGACAGUGAUAAUAAUAGAAACAUAUUUUCUCUUCUUUCGAAAAAAAUCAGUAGGCAUCACUUCAAAAGUGUUACAAUGAAAUAGGAAAGGCCCAAAUCAAGACAGGAGAGCUAGAAAGUGCCCAGUGCUUUAAAUUCAAAACUGGAUUAACUAUCGUCCUUAACUGUAACUAACAGAAACCAAUCAGAAGCAUGAUUAAGUAACUGAUCCAAGGGGGGGAAGGGGAAGACAGAAAACAAAGCAACAACAACAACAACAAAACCCAGGCAUUUAAAAGGCAGGGAUUAUGAAAACAAAUUUCUUGGACUUUUCAAAAAAACCUAAAAAUUAUGUUCAGAUACUUAUAAUUUUCCAUUGGAAUCGAACACCUCUGUAUGUGACCAUAUAUGGCCUUAGCAUGCAGGAAAAAUCCCACUCUUAAUACACCACUGAUUAUAAAAUAAUUGGACUGGUUCCAAAAUUCACAAAUAACACAAUGUUCCUCACUCAUGGGGUAAUGAUAAUUGUGUACUAUAAAAAAGGACUUGGUUCAAACAAAGGAACUGGUAAUUAUGGAAUGGCAAUGUGACAGCCAGAAGCGGCCUCUGAGAAAAGGCCCUCUACCUGGUUGCAAGUACCCAGAAGCAGCUGGCUGUUGCCUAGAGCCAUACAGCUCAUUCGAGACAGCGCAGUGGCAGGUGCUAAUGAUGCUCCCUUGUUUUCCUGAGGCCCAGCUGUUAAGUAACUACUGGUCCAGAUUGUGUUAGGCAAAGAAACACAUGAACACAUCCAAGAUGCAAGAUUCUUAUAAAGGAAUUUCGGGAAGCUAAUGUGCAAAAAUUUCAAUGGAAAAGAUUUUUAAUAGUUUUAAAAUGUCAAUGUUGAUUCAAAAUAUUUGCAUGACUAUAAAUCUGAUUAUUUCCUUCUCCCCCCAAUACUGUGAUGAGCAUAUAUACUAGUUCCACUUACUAGAAAUGAAAAGCAUCACUUUUUAAAUGGAUCAAAAUAUUUGCUGUAAUGCAAACAAAACUGGAGGUAUUGAAGAGUAAUUUACAGCUGUGUGUGUGUGCGUGUGUGCGUGUAUAUUUAGGUUCCAAAAAACAUUAACUUCCUCCUCUUUUAGGUUUGUUUGAUCAGUGUUAAACUGAUACAACUAAGGUUUGUUAGAACUAUAUAACCUGAAUGUUGGUCUCUUUGUACACAUCUUUUCUAUUAUUGCAAAUUUUCAUUCAUUUUCAUAUAUGUAUCAUUUUUACUGUAAUAUUAUUUUUGUUGAAUAAAUACUUCGUGAUAAAAGGUG